CUCAUCAGCCUAGCAGCAGGAAGAGAUGUUUGCUUCCAGUGACACACUAAUAUCAGCCGAUUAAAAGCCUCCAGGACAGAGCAAACCGUCACCGGGGGCUUUUUCGUUCUUGAGUCUGCUGGGACUAAACGGCGCAUUUCCCCGCACCCGGACCCCUGUGAGUGAAACAGGGCGCUGGAUACAGAAUGUCCCUGUUCCAGUCGGCACUGGAUUUCCUAGCCGGGCCCGGCUCGGCCGGAGGGGCCGGCCGGGACCAUAACGACUUCGUCGGACAGGUCGUGGAGCUCGGUGACAUGAAACUGCGGAUCAAGAGGAUAAUCGCGGAAGGUGGAUUUGCUUUUGUGUAUGAAGCCCAGGACGUGAGCGGUGGUAAAGACUAUGCCCUCAAGAGGCUGCUGUCCAACGAGGAAGAGAAGAACAAGGAAAUCAUCCAGGAAGUCUGCUUCAUGAAAAAGCUGUCGGGUCACCCCAACAUGGUCCAGUUCUGCUCCGCUGCUUCCAUCAGCAAGGAAGAGUCUGACACCGGACAGGCCGAGUUCUUGAUCCUCACCGAGUUGUGUAAAGGUCAGCUGGUGGAAUUUAUAAAGCGGGUGGAGCAGAGGGCGCUCCUGUCAUGUGACACUGUGCUGAAAAUCUUCUACCAGUCGUGCCGCGCCGUGCAGCACAUGCACAAACAGAAGCCGCCAAUCAUCCACCGGGACCUCAAGAUUGAGAACCUUUUGAUUAGUAACCAGGGCACCAUCAAGCUCUGUGACUUUGGCAGCGCCACCACGGUGUCGCAUUACCCCGACUACAGCUGGUCGGCACAGAAGAGGUCCAUGGUGGAGGAUGAGAUUACGAGGAACACCACUCCAGCGUACCGAACGCCAGAGAUGAUCGAUCUCUACUCCAACUUCCCCAUCAAUGAGAAGCAGGACAUCUGGGCCCUGGGCUGCAUCCUCUACCUGUUGUGUUUCAAGCAGCACCCGUUCGAAGAGGGGGCCAAGCUGCAAAUCGUCAACGGGAAAUACUCCAUCCCUCAGAACGAUGUCAAGUACACUGUGUAUCACAACCUCAUACGUUCCAUGUUGAAGGUGAACCCAGAGCAGCGUCUGUCCAUUACAGAGUUGGUGAACCAGCUCCAGGAGAUAGCAGCAGCUCGCAACGUCAACUCCAAGUCCCCCAUUACCGAGCUGCUGGAGCAGAACGGAGGAUUUGGCAACAACGGAGCCCAGCCGCCCAUGCAGAUCCACAACGUCCAGAACACCUCGGGCAUCUACGACCCUGAUCAGUCGGGCAGCGGCCUCCUGGAUAUCUUAAGGGGUGGAACAGAGCGCUUCCUGACCAACAUAAAGGACACUUCCUCUAAGGUCAUCCAGUCAGUAUCCAGCUACGCCAAAGGGGACCUAGAUAUUUCUUACAUCACCUCCAGAAUAGCAGUGAUGUCUUUCCCAGCAGAGGGGGUGGAGUCGGCGAUAAAGAACAACAUUGAGGACGUCCGUCUGUUCCUGGAUUCACGUCAUGCUGGCCACUACGCCGUCUACAACCUCUCCAAACGAUCCUACAGGCCUUCUCGGUUCCACAACAGGGUUUCAGAGUGUAACUGGCAGGUGCGCCGCGCCCCCAACCUGCGCAGCCUCUUCAGUGUGUGUAAGAACAUGCAUCUCUGGCUCAAACAGGACCAGAGGAACAUCUGUAUCGUGCACUGUCUGGACGGCAGGGCGGCGUCGGCGGUGGCCGUUUGCUCCUUCCUGUGUUUCUGUCGCCUUUUCACCACGGCGGAGGCUGCCGUCUACAUGUUCUCCAUGAAACGCUGCCCGCCUGGCAUCGCACCCUCACACAAGAGGUAUAUGGAGUAUAUGUGCGACAUGAUGGCAGAGGAGCCAAUCGUCCCCCACAGCAAGGCCAUAAUAAUUCACUCCAUCGCCAUGACGCCCGUGCCGCUGUUCAACAAGCAGCGCGCCGGCUGCCGGCCGUUCUGCGAGGUCUACGUCGGAGACGAGAGAGUCCUCACCACGUCGCAGGAGUACGACAAGAUGAAGGAUUUCAAGAUGGAGGAUGGAAGAGCGGAGAUUCCCCUCAAUGUGACGGUCCAGGGAGAUGUGCUGGUGGUGAUCUACCAUGCCAGAUCGACACUGGGAGGACGUCUGCAGGCCAAGAUGGCAUCCAUGAAGAUGUUUCAGAUCCAGUUCCACACGGGCUUCGUCCCCAGAAAUGCGACCACUGUCAAGUUUGCCAAGUAUGACCUGGAUGCCUGUGACAUCCAGGAGAAGUACCCAGACUUGUUCCAGGUCAACUUGGACAUCGAGGUGGAACCCAGAGACCGACCCAGCACCAAGACCCCUCCCUGGGAGGGCUUUCAAACCAAGGGCCUCAACCCCAAAAUCCUGUUCUCCUCUCGCGACGAGCAGCAGGAGAUCCUCAGCAAAUUUGGUAAGCCUGAGCUGCCUCGUCAGCCGGGGUCCUCUGCAUUCUAUGACUCCGAGUUGCCCCAGCCGGCUCAGACCCCAGAAGUCUCUAAUGCGACAGAAGUGGAAUCCCCUGUGAGCACCGAUGGCAACGCCAAUAACUUUUUCCAGACACUGGAUUGGGAAGAUGUGAGCGCCGCUCAGGAUGCCUCAGACAGUCAAGGAGGGGGAUCCAUGAAUGACCAGGAGGACCUAAGUGAUCAAUCAGAAGGAGAGUCCUACCCUUAUUCUGCCCCCGGUGGGGAGCCGCUGUCACGUGACCCCAGCGAACAGCUGUUUGAUGCGGACUUCCAGAGCUCCCCUCCUGCCGCCCAGGUAUCACCGCUCGGGGACACAGCUGACCUCCUGGGGUUGAACGCUGACCCUUCCAUGUCCUCGACCUCCUCCUCUGUGCCGCAUCAUGGAGUCCAGGGAGGAAUGAAAGCGGCCUCCAGCAACAGCGACCUCCUCAACGACCUGUUUGCCCCCCCUGCUGGUCAGAUAGGAGCAGUGCAGGACGACUUGUUCUUCAGCGGGCCGGCCACAUCCGACUCAAAAUCCAUGGACGACCUGUUUGAUCCAUUUGGCAUGGCGUCCGGCUCCGGUGUUGACGCCACCGUGGGUUCAUCUCGGCAGGACUCUGGACCGGACCUGUUUGGAGACUUGUUGGGUUCUGAUAGUUCCGCUCACAGUAACCCUGCUCCAAACACGAGCCACUUCAACCUCAAUAAACUGGUGAGUGAUGCCCCUAAGAUGACAUCAUCAGCCAGCCAACCGGACCUGCUGGGUGGAUGGGACAGCUGGGCAGCCGGCACCUCGACGAGCAUGAGCGCCACCGCUAGCAAACCCAGCUACACCAACACAGCUCCCGGCGUGGCAUCGAUGUCGAAGGCCAAGUCUCAGACCUUUGAUCCUUUUGCCGACCUGGGAAACCUGAGUUCCAAUUUAGCAGGUUCCUCCAGCAGCAAUUUCUCAGAGCCGCCUUUCCCAGCAAAAGCUUCAUCCUCCUCUGGGAAACCUCAAGCCCAGCCCUGGCAGUCCGGGAGACCCACCGCAGCCCAGAGCAAAGCCUGGAUGGCCGGAUCGGGACCCGGGACGGCACCUAAAGCCUCGCCUGCCUCUCAGUCUGCAGGCGCGCUGCCCACCAAACCCAACUACAACCUCAACUUCACCAGUGUCAUCGGUGGGAGAGAGGAAAGAGGAGCUCGUGGGCCUGGUUUCGGCCCCAAGCCGAAGGUCAAGGUGGAUGAUUUUGAGGACCUGCUGUCGACUCAGGGCUUCGCCUCUCGGCCGGAUCGGAAGGGACCGAGGACCAUCGCUGAAAUGAGGAGACAGGAGCUCACGAAGGAUAUCGAUCCGCUUAAGUUACAGAUCCUGGACUGGCUCGAGGGGAAGGAGCGCAACAUCCGAGCGCUGCUGUCGACUCUGAACACCGUGCUGUGGGAGGGGGAAACCCGCUGGAGGCCUGUGGGCAUGGCGGACUUGGUGUCCCCGGACCAGGUGAAGAAGUACUACAGGAAGGCCGUGCUGAUCGUCCACCCGGAUAAGGCAACGGACCAGCCUUAUGAACAUUACGCCAAGAUGAUCUUCAUGGAAUUGAACGACGCCUGGUCAGAGUUCGAGAACCAGGGUUCCAAAGCACUCUUCUAAAACCCUGGUCUGGAUCCCAGCUGAACCAGACCAGACCGGACUGGCUUUGGCCUAACCAAACAGGGGUUAGACUGGGCCAGAUUGGACAGGACUGAGCCCACAUUGGGCCUUAGCCUCUGAGAGGUGUCCUCUCUAGCAUUCCCUUCACUCCCUCCUUUUACUUUCUUCUGUUUCUACAGUCAAGGAAGAAGACCUUUUUGCCUCAUGGUCUGCCGGCUGCUGGGGAAAGGUCCUCACUGGCUCAUAAACAGCCGGUCAAAUAAACAAUGUGAUAGUUCUUACACUCACUGCCUACCUGUACAACUGCCUGAGUGGUGCUGCAAACAUCUGGAGGGAAGAAUGGGUGACAAUCACAUGAAGAAGACGGAACGGGAGGGGGGGAAAUAAAUUAGAAUAACACGAGCUGAUUAUCUUGACGGUGGUGUUCAGAUAGAAAAAUAUUCCAUAAAAUGCUGGUAACUUUUGGCUGGGGCUGGUAUGGUUGUCCUUUGUGCCUGGCACACAACAACCAGUCAUUCUGCUGACUGAACUUAGCUGUACAUUUUUCAGCAUGAUCUGGAAGUAUUGUUUUUAAAGCUUUGUUGCCUCAAAGAAUAGUGAAUGUUGCAGAUGAAUCAUAGUCAACCAGCCACCGCAACCGAUGAACAAAAAAAAAAGAGGAAGAAUCCUCUAAAAUCUCCACGAGGAUUCUGAAGCUUGAUCUGUUGAUAAUACUCAUUAUUGUUUGGAGUGCUCCUGCUGCACCUUUUGGGGUCAACAGUCGGCUGGGUUUGUUGUUGAGACCAUUUCCUCUUCAAAACAGACGAGCCCAUUGCCUGCUGAACACGACUACUGCUGCUUCUACCGUUACAGUUCCUGCUACACACACACACACACACACACACACACACUACUCAGAUUGAUGUUGAGACCUGCAUCCCAAGCUGCUGACGAAGGAGCUGAGCUGGUUUCGAUGCCCCAUAUAAACCUGAGCGGGCCGUCUGUUGUUUUUGAAGUGCUCUUUUUAAUUCCACCCACUCAGGCUAUAUACUGUGUAGCUAACCGCAUGCUCUCCCACACCUCCAACCAACGGUGGGUCGGUGUGUGCGUUUGAUUUCAAAACCAGGGUAGUCCAAAGGGGGGGGGGCGGGGGGGGCUCUUUUAUUGAAGUGCUCUUUCUCUCUUUUUCUUUUUCUAGUAGCAGAAGCAUAAAGAGUACCGGCCGGACGACGCUGGACGGCUGCGCUCACACUGCUCGUUGCUUUUGAGCAUCUCCAUCAGUCGUUAACCCCUCCCCUUUGUCUCUGUAAGCCCCCCCACCCCCUCAACGCCUAGUUCAGUGGACAUUUUUACGUCAGUGCAUAGGAGGAGAUUACAAAGUGAAGGAAUGAAAAGAGAUUACAGCGCUUAGUUUGACUCUUUCUUGUAUUAUUCUUUUCUUUUUUUUUCUUCUUGGGUGUUCAUUCCGUACUUUACGCUUUUGUCAGAAAAUCAUCACUUCAGUGUAAAUAUACAAAUAUUAUCAUCCAUCAAGUGGCUUUGUUAAGAUUACAGCCUGGGUUAUUGAUGUGUUGUCAACGGUGUGAAUGCUCGUGUGUUUCUCUGGGGGAAGAUAAUGAAACCUUUUUGGACAUCAUGCGUUCUCUUUGUCGAAAAUUACAUUCUUUUCUUUCUUAAUUUAAUUAUUUUCCGCCUCUCCCACACGUCAAACUAAUCUUUCCACUUUUUUUAAUUUUACAUUUUACCUCAUGGACCAAUCAAAUCACUUGUUUUCUUAUUUAUUAUUUGUUUUUUGGGGGGAGGGGGGCGGGUUUGCAGGUUCUAAUGAAAUGUAUUCAUGCUUAUUGAUGGCACAAGAAAAAAUCUAGAGAUAAUAUAUAAGAGGAAUGUUUUGAGUGAAAGUUGUUGGGUUGAUCACAGCGAGUCUCUUUGUGGCUGUUUUCAUUCCAAAGCAUUUAUUAUUACCAAUUUGCUUUUUACAAAUAUAUCCCCUCAUUACACAUAGUUUGUUUCUUUCCAAUCUGUCUUUUUUGUUUCUUUUAUUUCCUCUGGCUUCUGUUUUGCAUUUUGUUAAAAUUCCAACAUGAGGGGCCAUUAAACCGAAGUAAGAAAAAAAUAAAAUAAAGUGAUGUUUAAAAUUCUCUUGCAGUAUCGUAGUAUAAAGAGGGAGGAUUGCAAAACCACACAUCAGCAGUGUUUUCUGCACCAAAUCACAUCAUACUAAUAUGAAUGUAGAUUUCAAUGCAAAAAGAAAUUAAAAAACCUUUUGAUUUGAGGCAGAUA